UGAAGCUUCUCUUGAAGUUAAACUUGGUGGCUGGCCAGUCUUGGCUUCAGAAUCUCUGGGGCACAGGGAGGUCCGCUAGCCAGGCACCCAAUGGACUUGAGCCGCAGUUCCCUUGGCCAGCAGGAGCUGCUCCCGACUGCCAGCUGCCUCUGUGCUGGCAGGGAGGCUGCCAAGUAGAAGCAGGGUCUCUGUGAGAUGGCACUGCCAAUGUGCCAUGCACUUCUGGGAAUCUAAAAGCUGCAGGAUUGACCCCCAAACCUCAUCUCCCAGCAGGCAGCCUAGCGAUGGACACCAACCUCCAGGGGACAUUCCUUCUCAACAACCCUCCUCUGCCCCCUUUCCCAGAGGUGAAGGCCUCCAUGUGCCAAUAUACAGUGCAAAACUCCUUCUACAAGCUCAGCCCCCCUGGGUUGAGUGCCCAGCUGGCUGCUGGCACACCGCAUGGCAUCAGCGACAUCCUAAGCAGGCCAGUGGCUCCACCGAAUGGGGGCCUUCUCUCGGGCUAUUCCCACGUUGGGGGGUUCAACGGACUGGGCACCCAGAGCCUUUACUACGGGUCUCAAGUGGGGAACUUCUCCAAAGCCGGAAGCGAAUACUCAGCCAGAGGUCGGAGCUGCUGGGCAGACACAGGGCAGGAGUGGCAUGGAGGUCGGCCAUGUGGCAACCCUGCAGGGCCCGUGGGCGACAGCCUCCACAAGAAGAAGCACACGCGGCCGACCUUCACGGGCCACCAGAUCUUUGCCCUGGAGAAAACCUUUGAGCAGACCAAGUACCUGGCUGGGCCUGAGCGGGCCAGACUUGCCUAUUCCCUUGGAAUGAGUGAAUCGCAGGUGAAGGUCUGGUUCCAGAACCGGCGCACCAAGUGGCGCAAGAAGAGCGCCCUGGAGCCGUCGCCGUCGUCGCCCCGCGCGGCGGCCGGAGCGGGCGAGCGCCCAGCCUCGGAUGAGGACGACGAAUACAACAAGCCUCUGGACCCGGACUCGGACGACGAGAAGAUCCGCCUGCUGCUGCGCAAGCACCGCGCCGCCUUCUCCGUGCUCGGCCUGGGCUCGCCCAGCGGAUGAGCGGCAGCCGGCGGAGGGACCGGGACCGGGAGCGAGGAGGAGCAGUCAGGCGGCAGGACUGGAGGGAGGGGGCUUAAAGGCUGCUCCCCGAGCCGACCCUCAAGUCCUCUCCAGCAGCAAAGGGAAGUUUCAUCAUAUAGGCUUUAAUUUCUCUGUUUAUAAAAAAAGAAAAGCAAAUAUUUUCAAACACUUACAAAAUGACUCCCAAGGGGUUGCGGGAGGCACUCGCUGUCAGGUUGUGUCACAGGCAAGAGUCACCUUUCACAGCCAGUUUUUCCUGAUUCAAACUGAAUCAUGCAAAAAACAUACAGAUCUGUUUCUCUCUCCCUGCCCUCAAUUGCUCAAGAUGUGCUAGUACUGUAUUGAGGAGACUGACCAGCAACACCCUUCAAAAAACGUUACACCUGUCUUCACCCUUCAUUUGAGCCAGAGCUCACAAGGGCUGGGCCCCAGCAUCCCGCUCUGAAAGCUGUGAUGUGAAGCAGAUACAAAGGAGAGUGCUCCUGAACAUAGGCAGAGUACACUUCAGUUGCCACUCAGGUGUCACAGCCUGCCCUCCCACAACCUGUUGGGGUUGGAGCUGCAGGUCCAAUGUGAAUCCCCUUAGGCUCAGAUCAGCCCUUCUUUCCACCUAGUGCACCCUGUAUAGAUUAAAACACCUGAAGGGCACCAGGUUGGGUUCCCCUGGCCUAGAUCCUGGCAACACUUUGAGAGUAUCUACCAGUACACUGCAGGCUUAAACUGGGUCUGCAUUAUUCUGUUUUCUCAGGGAAGGCAGAAAAAAAUCUAUUCAUUCUCAGCAACACCAACCAGCAAUUCCUAUGCUGAGGUGAGGCUGCCAGUACAGUGAAACUGAUGCAGAACUGAUAAAUGCUUUUAAUGUAGCUAAAUGUUAACCACUGAGAACCUAGCAGGGAGAUGUUUGGCAAAUGCAGCUUCUCCUGUUCCAAUACUGUACUCACAAGAAAAGCUCCAAUUAAAAAACCAAAAUCCUGUACCAGGACUCCUUCCUGUGCCUAGUGCUGCUCCAAACAUUUUCCCUGCAUUUCUUUCUUUUCUUGUUGUCCACUCUCCACCAAUUAAUGAGAAAAGAAAGUGCAUUGUAUAAUUCUCACAGGAAAGAGGAAAUGUUGGGGAAAUGAUCAUGGGGUUUUUGUUGCCCUUAGCUUCCUUUUGAAGUGGCUGAGGGGCUUCUUCCUUCUGCAGAUGUUCUGUGGUUCUGCACCCCCCACAGCCUCCCCGAGGGACUGCACUUUCUGAAAGCCGUGGCUGAGCUUUCAUGGAAGUGCAGAAGGCAGGGGUCCUGUCUACUGCUUCCCAGACCAUGGUUUGUGGGCAUUUUUUUAAAAGCAAAGUCUUUUAUUUUUAAAUAAAUCAGUGUUGAAAUCUCUCUCUUUUUUUUAGGUAAAAGGAACAACUUCCGUUAAAAACAAAAUCAGUUUCCAAGAGUCCUUAUAAGUCUUCCUCAUAACAGCUGUAAUUGCUUUCUUGCCCAUACAAAAACAGAUGAAUACAAAAGGGUCUAGGGUUUCUAUGAUAAUUACACCAGUAGCACACAUUUUAAAAUGUUUCCAGUACAUUUAAAAAUAUUUAUUCCCGUGGAAUCAUUAACAUUUUGUAUGUGUAAAUUGAAGGUGUUUGUCACAUUGAAAUCAUCAGAUCUUCAUUUCUGGGCUAAGAUUGGGCUGCAAAAUUAUGAAGAGAAAUAAACCCUAACCCUUCAAAACCCAAGAUGGAGUUUCCUUGCGCAAAUACCCCAAAUGGAUAAUACAAAAGUAGGAAGGGCUUUGGGACUUUCACAUGCAGAGAUAUUCUAAGUUUCUGGAUUAAAUCCAUAUAGAUUUAGGGUUCCCCAGCUCACCUGAAUGAAGGAGUGGUGCUUUACUUACUUGAUGUCCACAGAUGACCAAGCAAAUUCAGGAGAGACCUUCACCAACCUGAUUAAAAAAUUAUUUCUUCCAGUAGCACCUUAGAGACCAACUAAGUUUGUUAUUGGUAUGAGCUUUCCUGUGCUUGCACACUUCUUCAGAUACACUGAAACAGAAG